AUGAUUGAUGAUGAAUUAGCAGAAAGUUUUAAUAAAUUAUUUUAUUUGAAGGAAAAUGUUCAACAAAUUAAUAGAGUGGAACCAAUAAAAGUUGAAGUGGAAAUUGAAGGGAAAAUAGUUAGUAUGGAAUUAAAUACUGGAGCAUCAGUUUCAAUUAUAUCAGAGUAUGAAUAUAGGAAAAAGUUUGGAGAAAUUAAAUUGGAGACAGAUGGGUUAAAAUUACAAUAUUAUACAAAUGAAACAGUAGACAUAUUAGGACACAUACAAGUAAAUAUUAAAUAUAAAAAUAAAAAAUUCAAAGGGAAAUGGUAUGUUCUGAAAGGACAAGGACCUAUGUUGUUAGGUAGAGAAUGGUUAAAAGAAAUGGGUACAUUAUCAGACUUAUACAUUAACAACUCAAUUAAGAAAACAUUAUUAAAUAAACCCUUAUUAAAUAUAGAUUUAAACAAUAUAGAUAAUGCAAUUGUAGACAAAUUUCCUGAAGUAUUUAGUAAUGAAUUAGGAUUAUAUAAAGGUGAAGAAAUUGAGCUAGUAUUAGUAGAUAGUGCAAAACCCAAAUUUUUUCAACCCAGAACAAUACCACUUGUAUUAAAAUCUAAGGUAGAAGCAGAGUUAAACAGAUAAGAGAAAGAUGGUAUAAUAAGCAAAGUAAAAUAUAGCCUGUGGGGGACACCCAUAGUUCCAAUUACUAAACCUUCAGGAGAUAUUCGAAUUUGUGGUGAUUACAAAGUAACUGUAAACCCAUUCUUAAAGCAAGAAAGAGCAAUUGUGCCACGAAUUGAAGAACUAUUAGUAGGUAUUAAAACUAAAGGUAAAUUUUCCAUUAUAGACUUGAGUCAAGCAUACCUUCAACUGUCACUAGAUUCGAAAUCAAGGGAGUUGACAGCAAUUAGCACACACAUGGGAGUAUAUGUUUACAAUAGAGUAUCAUUUGGUAUUAAUGCAUCUGUAGGAAUAUUUUUAAACAGAUUUGGUGAGAGGUUAAAGCAUAUAUCAAAUAUUAGAGUUUAUUUUUAUGAAAUACUAAUUUUUGGCGAUAGUGAAAAAGAACACCUAGAAACACUAAUAGAGGUCUUAAACCUUAUUAAAUCACUAGGUUUAACAGUACGGAAGGAAAAAUGUUUAUUAUUUAAAGAUGAAAUAAAAUUUCUUGGAUAUAUAAUACACAGUAAUGGUAGUAA